GCACGCAAUCUCGCAGCGCGAGGAAAUUAAAUGUAAUUGAACGAGCUGGUCUCAGUGGAGAAUUUUGUUGAACCGUCAGUACGUCACAGUUGUUCCUAGAGCAGUCCGUUUAUAAUCGUAAGCAACUAGUUUAGUCACCCAGUUGACCAUCUUGUUAGUUCCAUCUUGUUAACUUUAGUUGUGUUAGUCGUCCAGGAAAAAUAUCCAUCAUGACCAAGUCAGACUCCGGAGUAAUGAACAUAAAGAAAAAAGUAGCCAACCUCAAGCAAGAGCUUGAUGAGGCCAACGACAGGGCCAACGGUUCAGAGGCUACCCUCAGAGAGAAGGAAGUUGUGAUCGAUAAACUGGAAAAUGACCUCAAAGCCGCCCAUCAGAAGCUGUCCUUGACAGAGGAGGAAUUAGACAAGGCAGAGAGCUCCGUCACUGAGCUCACCACCAGGGCUGAGACCGCUGAGAAGGAAGCAGAGGAGGCACAGAGGUCGAUGAAGGUAUUCGAAGAAUCACUAUACAAGGAACAAGAGAAGGUAGAAGCUCUCGAGAAGGAACUUGAGACCAUCAAGGUCGCCCACCACGAACUCGAGGAGAAAUACGCUGAUGCCGAGAGGAAGCUCCAGAACGAAGACUACGAAGAGAGAAUAGAGGAUUUGGAGAACCAGAACGAGGAGCUGACCGCCCAGACAACUGACUUGGAACACAAGAACGACGAGGCCAACCGAAAGAUCAAGAUGUUGGAGGAGGAUCUCAGCCGUGCUGAGGGCAACAGUGAGACUGCUGAGAGCAAGGUGAAGGAACUCGAGAUUGAGGUGACAAACAUCAACAACAUCCUGAAGAAGAUGGAAGCUGCCGAGGGUCUGCAAUCAGAGAGAGAGGAGAAACUUGAGGAGAACAUCCGGGAACUGGAACAGUCCAAGUCCGAUCUCUCCAUCCGAGCUGAGAACGCUGAGAGACAGAUCCAGGUUCUCGACGAGAACAUCCUCAAACUCGAAAGAGACCUAGAAAGAGAACAGGAGUCCCACAAAACUACCCGGGCAGAUCUCGAAGAACUAAACGCUGAAAUUAACGACAUAUAAUCACUCUGAUCCUAGCACUCUUGAUUUUCUUUGACGCAUGAUGAGAUUUGUAGAAAUCUUCUGGACUGGUGUCUGGACACAUCCAUUCUUUGAAACACUAACCGUGGUGUUGCCAUGGUAACCAUCAAUUGUUUUGUUGUUGCCGGUAAAACUGCCAGCUAGAUGUGUAUUAGGUUCCAGGAAUGUGGAUUUUAUUAGGUGUGUCGUCUGGUAUCUCAUUAUUGGAGAUAAUUAAUUGAUUAUCUCAUUAUUGGAGAUAAUUGAAGAUGUCACUAGCAUUUCAAUUUUUAAGAAACUUUCGGAUUAGUUUUAAAAUCCCCUGAUUAAGGACUGAUCAUGAAAUUCAUGUUCAAGGGGUUAAUCCCCGAUGCUUUGAUUUAUGAUUGAAUUGCUCGCUAAACUUUAAAGCACACCUCUUUUUCAAUGAUUGCAAUAUAUUAAGAUAUCUAGAAGUAUGACCCUAGUAGCGCCUGUUAUUUUGCACGGAAUAAUUUAUUUAUUAUCAUAGAGGUUUAUAAUUGCUAUUAGUCUCAUUAGACUAACAAUUUUGUUGAACAUGCACAUAUAGGAGGGAUGUAACAUAAAAUAUGGACAAAUAAAGUUUUUGAGGUUCCUUCACAGGAACUUUUUAUAUGACCAGUGGAGUAUGAUAACAAUAUAUUAAUUUUACAUUAUUGAUUUGAAUUUUACGAGUCUUUGAAUUGAACUUACUUAAGAGCUAUGAUUUAUGUUUUGUAUUUUUAAGCUAUAAAAAUCUUAAAUUUGAUAUACCAAUACGAUUGAUAGAUUAUUAUUUUAUGUUCAUGUUUUGGCGACAAUAGUACUGUCUGUACUAAAAGUGACAUUGUAAAUAUCAAUAUUAUUUUUAGAUAACUCAAUGAUCGAGUUUAAAGCACAAUUUUUGAGAACUUUCAAAUAAUCAGCGGCAUUAAUUUUCCUGUCCUUUGCAUACGUAAAUGAUUCGCACGAAAGCAACACCAGCAAAACUAGCAGGCAUGCGCGCGGCUCGUUAAGUCCGCAUUUGCAUAAUAGACCCCAAUCAAAUAUGAAAAAGCCUGUCAAAAUGGUCUACUAUAAAUUUUUGGACCUCUGAAACGCGCGCGGCUAGUCAAAGGCCUCAGUUGUUAUCAUUCUAGAUUUUCUCUAAACCAAUCAGAUCAGAGGUAUUAUAUCAGGUGACAUGCUGGUCACGUGUUGAUACUGCUUCAGUUCCGAUAGGUGUGGUUUCUGACAGAAAUUGCUCUCCGGCCUUAAAUUUACACAUUCUUUCGUUUAAAACUGAUGACAAGAUGCUUCAACGCAAAAUAACUAACUAAGUUUUCGUUUGGGUUACCAGACUCAAUGUGGCCUUGUACGGCUUCUGAAUGUUAAAAGUAUGUCAGGAUGAUAUUUUAAAAUUCCGGGAAUACUCAACUUCUUGACAGGGUUAACUUACAGCAACCGAGCAAUACUAUAAAUGGCCAAAAUCGUCGCCUGGGAAUUCUUGAGAACCAGCACAUACCAUUCUACACACCCAUUGCUAAUUCAAAUUGUAAACGUGUCCCACAUUCCGGUAACAAAACCUCUCAUUACAGAUGACCUCGAAAAGGAGCAAGAAUCACACGCCGCUACCAAAGACGAGCUCGCUGCCGUCAACGCCGAGAUCGACGACAUAUAAAUUGUGUCCUUGGCUGGGAUUCCCUAUACAGUGGCUUGCAUGAGAGAGGGCUCCCGCCCAACCUUCCUCCAAGCUUGUCACGUGACACUACUUUUCUACACCAAGACUGGGCGGAAGUUGCCACUACACUCGUCUUCUCUUUGAAUAUAUAGUUGCUGUUUUUUAUUUAGGGCGGGAGGUCCGAGAAAGAGAGAUAUCGAGGAGUACAGGCACGGGUCCAACUUGGCCAGCCGUUCGGAACUUUAGUUUGUACCGAUUUAUUGUAAAUACUGUUUAUAACUUAAUGAUUAUGAAAAGUAUUGUUCAUAUUGUUUCGAAACCCCGCAA